AUGGAAGAUGAUGCUGGGGGACAAAAUUGUGUUAUGGAUGUAUCACCAAGUGAUAAUGAGAAUUGGUUAACAGGAUGCGGCUCCACCAUAAAGCCGGCCAAGGGACAAUUGUUUAACAACUUAGAAGACGGUAUUGAAUUUUACAAAAAGUAUGCAUCUAAAGCUGGCUUCGAUGUGCGUCGAAGUUCUGACAAGAAGAACAAGCACGGCGUCAUUUUGAGAAAAAAGAUGGUUUGUUCACGUGAAGGUUUCAAGGAAACGAAAAACACAGGGCCGUCUGUUAGUGAUCCCUCGACAAAGGCCAGACGUCACCGGCCAUCAACCAGAGUUGGGUGCGUGGCUAGGAUUGUAUUCAAAAGAGACAGUGCGGGAAGGUAUGUUGUGAAGACAUUCGAAGAGGCACACACGCACUGUUUGUGCGAGGAGAGUUACAAGCCUUUCUUGAAAGUGAAUAGGAAACUAGAUGUUGGUCAUCAACAAUUCAUAACGAAUUGCUCUAAGGUUAAUAUUGGCGCCAGUAAGAGCAUUGACAUAUACGCAGAGAUGGUUGGUGGAGUUGAGAACGUGGGGUACAGCCUCGUGUUUGUCCCAUUCACCGGCGUAGACAACCACAAAAAAUGCGUGACAUUUGCAGCAGCACUAAUUGCUAGGGAAGAUGUGGACUUGUAUUGUUGGGCACUCAGGAUCUUCAAGAGCGCGAUGGGCAGCACACCGCGUAUUACAGCAACAAAUCAAGACCCGACAAUGAAGGUAGCAAUUGCAAAGGAAUUCCCGGAGACCCGGCACCGUUAUUGCAUGUGGAAUAUAAUGACAAAGGUGAGUGAUAAAGUGAGCACUGAGAUGGCGCGGAACGAAGAGUUCCGCUGGGAGCUAAAUGGUGUAGUGUGGAAUGACAGCGCAACUUCCGAAUAUUUUGAGGUUGGGUGGAAAGGAGUUAAUGAAAAAUACAGUUUACAAGAAAACGCAUGGCUGAAACGUCUCGCUCAAGGAGACAUUUCGAAGUUGCAGCCGAUACGGAAAACACUUGAGGAGUUCAAAGCAACAUGGUGCGAGAGCGGGGUAGAACGAGGGGCUACAGAUAAAGGCAAACGAGUGAUUAUGGAGUCAUACUACGGCGUCCCACAACCUGAGGAAGUCACUGUGCACCCACCAUCCACCCGUUUCAAGCAACAAAGGGUCGGGAAAACAAAUGAGGACUGCUAA